GUUAACUUUGUUUACUUUUUCUGACUAUCGAUCAUCGCUUCAUUCAUUAUCGAUCAUAUCGAUUCAAUCGAGUCUCAGCUGGAAAAUUUUGGAUCUUCAAUCAAUGAGUGGAAACAUUUUUCGAGAAUUUUCCUAAAGUUACCUCUUUUUAAUUGUGUUGAUAUUUUCUCUCAAGUUAAAUAAUUGAUCCUAAAUCAACAUGUUACCAAAUGUCCCUCAUCCCGGAGCAUUAGUGUCCAAGAAAAAGAAAGCGUUUAUUGGUUUACCUGCUCCUUUAGGUUAUGUUGCUGGUGUUGGUCGAGGAGCGACAGGUUUCACUACGCGAUCUGAUAUUGGUCCUGCUCGUGAUCCUUCAGAUGUCCCUGAUGAUCGUCAUCUGCACCCCAAAAAGUUCAAAAAACCAGGCACCUCAUCAUCGGGCAAAUUUGACGAGGAGGAAGACGACGAGGAAGAUUUGAAUGAUGCAAAUUAUGAUGAAUUUGCUGGUUAUGGAGGAUCUUUAUUCAGUAAAGAUCCUUAUGAUAAAGAUGAUGAAGAAGCUGAUGCAAUUUACGAAUCUGUUGACAAAAGAAUGGAUGAAAAAAGAAAGGAUUACAGAGAAGCCAAAUUAAAAAAAGAACUUGAAAAGUAUCGACAGGAAAGACCUAAAAUUCAGCAACAAUUCACAGAUUUAAAACGAGACCUUGCGAGUCUCAAUGAAGAUGACUGGAUGAAGAUUCCUGAGGUUGGUGAUUCCAGGAAUAAGAAACAGCGUAACCCUCGACAAGAGAAAUUCACCCCAGUCCCUGAUUCUCUUUUAGCCCAUAAAGCGAGUAUUGCGAACUCCGAAUCAGUUUCAAUCGAUCCAAAAACUGGCUUAGCCGGUGGACUUUCUUCUGGUAUUUCCACUGGUCUUUCUACGCCAGGAGAUUUAGAUCUGAGAAAAAUUGGUCAAGCUCGAAAUACGCUGAUGGAUAUUCGACUAAAUCAAGUUUCGGACUCUGUGACUGGACAAACAGUUGUUGAUCCAAAAGGUUAUCUAACCGAUUUAAACUCAAUGAUACCAACUAAUGGCUCUGACAUCAAUGACAUUAAAAAAGCUCGUCUUCUAUUAAAGUCGGUUCGUGAGACUAACCCUAAUCAUCCACCGGCUUGGAUUGCCUCAGCUCGUUUAGAAGAAGUCACUGGUAAGCUGCAAACAGCUCGAAUGUUGAUUAUGAAAGGAUGUGAAAUGUGUCCAAAAUCUGAAGAUGUUUGGGUUGAAGCCGCUCGUUUACAACCUCAAGAUUUGGCCAAAACAGUCAUAGCUCAGGCAGCCAAACAACUACCAACAUCAGUCCGUAUUUGGAUCAAAGCAGCUGAUCUUGAAAUCGAAACGAAAGCUAAAAAGAAGAUCUUUCGUAGAGCUCUUGAGCAUCUCCCAAAUUCGGUGAGAUUGUGGAAAGCGGCUGUUGAGCUCGAAGAGCCAGAAGACGCUAAAAUCUUACUAAGUCGAGCAGUGGAAUGUUGUCCGUCUUCAGUUGAACUUUGGCUAGCAUUGGCUCGGCUUGAGCAUUAUGAAAAUGCUAGAAAAGUUUUAAACAAAGCCCGAGAAAAUGUGCCCACUGAUCGACAAAUUUGGAUCACGGCUGCCAAAUUGGAAGAAGCUUCUGGAAAAGAGUCUGCCGCUGAGUCAAUAGUUGGAAAAGCUUUAAAAUCAUUGAAAACAAAUGGAGUGGAAAUUAAUCGUGAGCUGUGGUUAACCGACGCUAUCGAUGCUGAAAAAUCUGGUUCAAUCAAAACAUGUCAAGCGAUCAUCAAAAAUGUUAUCGGCAUUGGGAUUGAAGAUGAAGAUAAAAAACACACAUGGAUGGAAGAUGCGGAAAAUUUUGCUAAUCAAGGUGCCAUUGAAUGUGCUCGAUCCAUCUACAAUAUAGCAAUGAAAACAUUCCCAAUGAAGAAAAGUGUCUGGUUAAGAGCCGCUUAUUUUGAGAAAAAUCAUGGUACCCGUGAGACUUUAGAGUCUCUUCUUUCCGAAGCCGUGAAAACUUGUCCAAGAGCUGAAAUAUUGUGGCUCAUGUUGGCUAAGAGCAAAUGGAUGGCCAAAGAUGUUGAAGGAGCUCGACAAACACUUUCUGAUGCUUUUGCAGCCAAUCCAAACUCUGAAGAAAUUUGGCUGGCGGCAGUUAAAUUGGAGUCUGAGCUAUCAGAGUAUUCAGGGGCUCGGAAACUUCUUACUAAGGCUCGAGCAUCAGCUCCCUCCGCUAGAGUAUUUAUGAAAUCAGCCAAAUUGGAAUGGGCUUUAAAUCAGCAUGAGGCUGCUAUUAAAUUACUCCAAGAAGCAGUUAAAGAUUAUCCAACAUUUUCGAAACUUUGGAUGAUGUUGGGGCAAAUAGCCCAGAGCUUAUCGAAGUUCGAUGAAGCUCGACAAGCUUAUCAGUCGGGACUCAAGCAUAACCCAACGUCGAUUCCUCUUUGGUUACUUCUUUCUAGACUAGAAGAAGCCUGUGGUUCACUCAUUAAGGCUCGAUCAGUGAUGGAAAAAGGUCGUUUGAGAAACCCAAAGAACGAUCGACUCUGGUUAGAAGCAAUAAGAAUCGAACUUAGAGGAAGUCCAAAUGGAAAAGACAUCGCUAUGCCCAUGAUGGCCAAGGCAUUGCAAGAAUGUCCAACGUCUGGAAUACUUUGGGCUGAAUCGAUUUUCAUGGAGAAUAGACCACAAAGAAGAAGCCGAAGUCACGAUGCCCUCAAAAGAUGUGAACAUGACCCCCACGUACUUUUGGCUUGUGCUAAAUACCUUUGGUCCGAAAGAAAAUUAAAUAAGGCUCGAGAUUGGUUCAAUCAAACAAUAAAAGUCGAUCCAGUAUUCGGCGAUGCUUGGGGAUAUUAUUUAAAAUUCGAAUUAGCCCAUGGAAAUGAUGUACAACAACAAGAGGUAAAGAGUAGAUGUGUCGAUGCCGAGCCUCGUCAUGGUGAACAUUGGACUAAAAUAUCGAAGGACAUUAAAAAUUGGAAACUCAAAACCGAUGAAAUAUUAAUUUUACUUGUUCAGAGUUUACCUUUACCAACCUAAUUAAGACUCAUUUUACUUUAAUUAAAUACAUUGUACUUAAUCUACAAAAUCAAUAUUCUUUUUUUUACAAUUACCUAUUUCCAUCAUAUGAAUUGAUAUAUCUUAAUGUAAUAACAAUUAAUAAAUUAGAUGACAAACUUGA